GAGGAAAACUGCAAGCAUAGCGAUAAGAAUUCCACGAAGCUCCUUCUAAAUGCCAUCACCAUGAGGCCAUAGAGAAGGCUGUUCUUUUCCAGGUAUAGCUACAAGUGCCCUUAUCGCACAACAAUAUCGAACUUCCAAAGUUGAUAAAUGACCACGGCACCGAUUUCUAACUCAAAUGUUUUACCCUGGUCCAUGAUGCAGGCAUACCAACGUAUGUAUGCACCUUUCUGCGCCCCUUAUCUUACUUGUUAUCUUUCCGCCUACCCGUCGGUUUUGACAUGAGCGUGAUCCGUUUUCUCCGGUUUCUCCGCAAUUCCCCUGCAGCGAUUAGAUGAAGAUAUAAAGAAGCCAAGAUCCUCAGGAACCUGCCACUGAUGGAGUGUUCUGGGACUUUGGAACUUCACCAGUAGCCAGUAGAUUUCUCUGGUUGUUGCCUCUGUGUGAUUGGGCCUGAUGUUACCAAUCAGCUCCUUUGAUCAGCGUGGGGUAUGAUGGAUGGAAGUCCUUCAAUCGUGUCUGGGUUGACUAGGGUUAGCUGGAAAGUAUUUGGGGCGGAUGUUACGACGCGACCAAUAAGGAGAAGCGCAGCAGAUUCAUCGGUGGUUCUUCCUGGUCAAUAUCAACGUCAACUACUGGGAAGUGUUCUGUCGGGUAUUUGGUUGAACAUAUAGACGCCCACUGUUCGCUCUUGUUCAUUUCUUGUCAUUUGAAACUUUCCUGUACUUGCUCUGCUUGUUCAGCCGGGUCGGGAUGAAAGCGUCAUAUCGAAUUCUUUCUUUUUCUUUUGUUGUUUUAUCUGCCAAUCGAAUUGUUUUGAGUUCGCCCAGACGAGGUGAAGAUCUCCGUGGAAGAGGAAGAUGCUUUAUCUUCAUGUCCAACACAAUAUCUAUCCCCCAGUCUGCUGGAAUUGGUGUUUCGGUUGGUGGCGUGCCCAGGAUUUGUUCCGCAUGGCUUGCAUAAGACAUGGCGAAUCUACCUGUAGGGCCGUGGAGAAGCAAACUUCACACCUUCUUGACGAUAAGGGCAUCAAUUGCUAUGUUCCAAGGAGAUCCUUGGCAAUCUAAUAAAUACUUUGUCAACUUCGCCAAAUACUGAUGUUGUAUUUGAGGCAGGUAUAGCAACGACCGUUAUUUCCUCGUCAAUCCAGGUUCACUUCGGCGCUCGAAGCAUAACAUCUAUCAAUUCCAACCCAGUUGUCCCUGAGAAUAAACCUGAACACGAUAACCACAUUGAGCCUCAAAGAUGUCUUUCAAAGUCUCUUACCUAUGGACGGCACCUGAGGUGAACCCGCUAAAUCUGAAAGCCCGAUCAAUCCCAAUCCUCAACCCCCUCAACAAAUAUGGGCGUACUUUCUUUUUCAGUUGGAGCGGCUUUCUUGUUGCAUUUCUGAGCUGGUAUGCGUUUCCUCCUCUGUUAACGCUCACCAUCAGAAAGGAUCUUAAAAUGACCCAAGACGACUUUGCAAAUUCCAACAUCAUGAGUCUUUGCGGUACAUUGGUUGUUCGUGCAAUAGCUGGUCCAUUGUGUGAUAGAUUCGGUCCUAGGCUGGUUUUUGUUGGAUGUCUACUCUCGGGCGCAAUUCCAACUGCGUAGGUCAUCUUAUAAAGUCUCAUACAUUGGCUUGUGUAGUUCACUAACUCAUUGUACUUGUAGUAUGGCCGGACUAGUGACUACACCCAAGGGGCUGAUUGCACUAAGAUUCUUCAUUGGUGUCCUUGGUGGCUCUUUUGUCCCUUGUCAAGUGUGGUGUACUGGUUUCUUUGACAAGAACGUGGUUGGGACAGCGAACGCUCUCGCAGGUGGUUGGGGAAAUUCUGGGGGAGGGAUUACUUACUUCGUCAUGCCUGCAAUUUUCGACUCCCUUGUUCGUAAUCAACACCUAACUCCUCACGUGGCUUGGAGAGUCGCUUUUAUCGUUCCAUUCAUCAUUAUCACAGCGAUUGCUCUGGGACUUCUGUUUACAGCAGAAGAUACACCAACUGGAAGAUGGUCAGAACGUCACCAGAUCGUUAGAACCCUUAUCGCUCAAAAUGUUGGCGACUCAGCCAAUCAAUCUCGGACAUCUCUCAAAGAUUCCGAUGACAAGCAUGCCACAAAAGAGCAAGCCAGUGCCUCGAAAGUUGAUACAGAGCGUCAAGUUCCUGAAACUUCAGUAGUCGAUGCUACCGUUGCUGAAGUUGUGGUUGCGCCAACCAUGAAGGAAGCACUGUCAGUUGUCUUCUCCCUCCAAACUCUUGCUCUUGCCGCACCUUAUGCCUGUUCCUUCGGCGGAGAACUAGCAAUCAACAGCAUCAUCGGCUCCUAUUACCUCAAGAACUUUCCCCAUUUAGGACAAACCGGCUCAGGCAGAUGGGCAGCCAUGUUCGGUCUUCUGAACGUCGUUUUCCGUCCCCUCGGAGGAUUGGUUGCAGACAUCAUCUAUAAAUACACGCAUUCUGUUUGGGCUAAGAAGCUUUGGAUUGUAUUCUGUGGGGUCACCAUGGGAUGUUUCGAACUUGCUAUUGGACUUACGAAUUCUCACCAGGAGGCUACUAUGUUUGGUCUCGUUGCUGGUCUUGCUAUCUUUAUGGAUGCCAGUAAUGGCGCAAACUUUGCAGUUGUUCCUCACGUCCAUCCUUUCGCCAAUGGUAUUCUUAGUGGCAUUGUUGGUGCUUCGGGUAACUUGGGAGGUAUCAUCUUUGCCAUCAUUUUCCGAUAUAAUGGGAGUCAUUAUGGGAGAGUUAUUUGGAUAAUCGGAGCGAUCAGUAUUGGAGUCAAUCUAAGUGUCUCUUGGAUCAGGCCAGUUCCCAAAGGUCAGAUUGGUGGGAAAUAGACGCACGUCUUCGUUUCUCGGAAUUCUUCUUUUACUCUUUUGUUUUGUUCAAUCUAGUAGAUUGGGAGUUAUGGAGGUUAAAGUCUUAUACAUAAGUGUUCAUGCCAAGUCAGGGUUUAGGAGUGAAAGAUCACUGGGGUAUAAAUGUGGGAUUGGCGUGCCACUAACUUAGGCUCUGUUUACUUAGAAUGUUAGACCUUACGAGUAUUAUCG